GAUUUCAGGUGAUGGGCAGGGUUGGGCUGGUGCUAUGAUCCCUCUAACUCAACAGUUCUAUGAUUCUAUGAUGUCACUGAAGAGAGAAGAAUAGGGAGCUGAGCUCGGCUCCAGCUACGCCAAUUCCUCCGUCCUCUGGAUUCUGAUAGUUUUGGGGAUGAGGGGAGAUGAGCUGAGUCCCAGCUCAGUCUCCCCUCUAGCCACCUCAGCCCCCACCACAUUUAUGGAGAGAAAUUAACCAGGAAAACUUAAAGAACAAGAGAACUACAUUCACACUGAGCUGGAAAACAUAUUUGGACAAUCUGUGAUUGUGAGAGUAGAUGAGUCGUCUAGUUAACCAUAUGAACUUUGAAACCACAGCAUUCACUUUCUUCAUCAUCCUUCUAAUUUGCCUCAGUUGCAUCUUCCUUUUAUUGGUGGUUUUUUUAUAUAAAUGUUCCCAAAGCAGGACAGAUGAAGAGACAGAAAAAGGUCCUUGUACAGAAAAUGAAGGUGAAGAUUGUCUAGCUGCUAAUACAGAGAUGAACAAUUUAGACAACCAAGAAAAGACUCUUGCACCUGCAAGGCAUGGCAUUCUUGUCCAGAGACGGAGUAAAGAUGCGAUGACCACACCCUUAGGAAACAGAGAGGAUGUGGAGGGUGAAGAAGAGAACAAAAUAAAAGAGAAGCAAAAGCCUGAGAAUGCUACAGAAAAUGGUCAAGAGGAUGACUAUUUGCAAAAACCACUCAUACCUCUCACUGGAAGUUCUUCAGUUGUUGAUAACCAUAAAAGACCCUUAAAAGGAGUAACAUUUUCUAGGGAGGUAAUCGUUGUGGACCUUGGAAAGGACAAUCCUAUGGCUCGAAGCUAUACUCGAUUACAUAAAGAGAGAAAGUAAAGCUCAAAAAAGGCUGAGAGCAAAAGAAAUGUAACCUUAGACUAACAAGGAAAUGACUGGGGGUGCAAAAUCAUGUUGAAACAGCAAAAUAAUGGGGAAUUAAGCAAAUAUGGAUAAUAUUUUAUCUUUAUGCAGAAAAGGUGGACUAUGUGCAAAAUUCUAUAAGUAAAAUACCCAGGGCAACUCAAAUGUGAGUUCAAGAAAUUGAUUGUAUUAAGUGUCCUUAAAACUCUGUCUACUCAAACACUG